UGAAAAAAUAUCAAUUUGUUAUAAAUUUAUCAGCUAUAAAAAGAAAUAAUUUUCAUACUUGGUACUAUUCCACAGUAUUAUACAUUGUAAUCAGGUAUUACUAGUUUGUGUUAAUAGUAUCUGAUAGUACACAAUAUGCAUGAAAGCAUAGAUGACAUAUGUAAAGCUAUUGAUGAAAAUUUAUUGCGUAAUUUGGAGUUAAUGCAGGAAAAGAUUGAUAUUGAUGUCCAAAUGGAGAAAAUAUUACGUGAUGGUUACAUUGAAUUAGCUAAGGCUAAAUACAUACGAGGCAAAGAAAGUAUAAGUGUUUUGCAGGUUCCUGUUGACAAUGAGAGAGUAGUUACACUAUUUGAAUUGGAGACAAAAUUGACUGAGGAAACUGGCAAAAUAGUUCCAAAUUUUGACAUAAGCUUAAAGAGAUUGGAUAAAAGUGAAGACGAGAUACAAGAUCCUAUAAAAUGGUUUGGAGUAUUAGUCCCACAGAGUUUACGAAUUGCACAAAAACGUUUUCAAGAAUCUCUUUAUCUUAUUGUGAGAGCAGCAAAUAUACAAGCAGAAAUUGCUUCUGUAGUAGAUAAAUUACAAUCUUUAUAUUUUUUAAAACGUACUUCUUGUUCAACAAAUGACACUAAAAUAUAAAAAUUACAUAAGUUUUGUCAUUUUGUCUUGUUACAUUAUCUUAUUAGCUAUUUUUUUACAAAAAAAUUUUAUGUUUGUAAUUGUAAAUAUUUCUUUGUAUGAAUAAAAUUCAUAUCAAAACAAUUGUAAUUAAUAAAAA